CUCCCCCAGCCUCUGUCUCGGGAGCCUCUUGCACCCCUCCCGACACUCAUUCGCCUGCAUCUUCAGCCGUGACACACAAUGCCGCGGCCAGUGGAUGCUCGGGACAAGCAGCUGAUAGAGGCGCCAUGCAGGGAGGUGCUGCUAGGUGCUAUCUCGCCAAUGGAUGACGCAGCGCGGGAGCGAGCUCGCAGCACCUUUGAUAGCAAUGAGCUGGCCGCCUUCCUGCACGAUGGCGAGGACAAGCUGCAGCGCAGGGAGGAGCUGGUGAAGCUGCUGUCGAGCCAGCCCUGGGGCGACAAGACGCACCGCUAUUUUCUGACGAGGGAACAGGAGUAUGUCGGCGGUCUGAAGGCGAUGGUGGGCAUGUGGCAGCAGAUGCGCCAGGGCCGCCUGUCUCUGGAGGACGGCAUCGCCAUGCGAUCGCUGGCCUACUUCCCCGGCGGCCUGGAGCUGCACAUCGGCAUGUUCAUCCCCACGCUGCUCAGCCAGGGCACCCCCGAGCAGCAGGCCAAGUGGCUGCCCAUGUCCAACCGCCUUCAGAUCAUCGGCACCUACGCCCAGACCGAGCUGGGGCACGGCACCUUUGUGCGCGGCCUGCAGACGGUGGCCGUGUACGACGAGGCCUCCCGCGAGUUUGUGGUGCACACCCCCAGCCUGGAGGCCCACAAGUGGUGGCCGGGCGGCUUGGGCAAGACGGCCACGCAUGUCAUCCUCAUGGCCCGCCUGUUUGCCCAGGGGCGCGACUACGGCCCCCACGCCUUUGUCGUCCAGAUCCGAGACAUGGCCACCCACCUGCCGCUGCCGGGCAUCACCGUGGGCGACAUCGGGCCCAAGAUGGGCUUUAACAGCGUGGACAACGGCUACCUGGCCUUUGACCACGUGCGCAUCCCGCGGGACGCCAUGCUCAUGCGCUUCUCUCAGGUCACCGAGGAGGGGCGGUACGUGCCGCCGCCGCCCGACAACCAGAAGGCCAGCUACGCCACCAUGGUGUAUGUGCGGGCCACCAUCGUGCGCGACUCGGGAGACUUCCUCAGCCGCGCCGUGACCAUUGCCACGCGCUACACCGCCGUGCGCCGCCAGACGGCCUCUAAGCUGGGAGAGCCUGAGCUGCAGGCGCGGCAGCUGCCGCCGCUGUUGCUCCCAGCCUGCUGGCCGGUGCUGGACUACGACAACGUGCAGCAGACGCUGCUGCCGCUGCUGGCGCGCGCCUACAGCCUGGUGUUCAUGGGCCGCUCCAUGAUGGACAUGUACAACAGCUUUGACGCCGCACGCUCGCGCGGUGACUUUGGCGUGCUGCCCGAGCUGCACGCGCUGUCCAGCGGGCUCAAGGCGCUGUGCACUGACAUUACCGCCGCGGGCAUCGAGGCGUGCCGCAGGCAGUGCGGCGGCCACGGCUACAUGCUGGCCUCGGGCCUGCCCACGCUGUUCAACUCCUACGUGCAGAACUGCACCUGGGAGGGCGACAACAGCGUGAUGUACCUGCAGGCUGCUCGCUACCUGGUCAAAAAUGUGCUGGCGGCGCAGGCCGGCAAGCCCAUCACCGGCAGCGCCAAGUACCUGUCCUCCGCCGCGCAGCAGGCGGACGCCAAGUGCGGCGUGUCGACCGCCGACGACUGGCGCAGCCCCGCGCACCAGCUGGCGGCGCUGACGCGGGUGGCGGCGCAGCUGGCGGCGCAGGCCACGCAGGUGCUGGCGCGCGCGGGCGGCGGCCGCGUGGCGUUUGACGGCGAGCCCUGGAACAACUCGACCGUGGACCUGAUCCGCGCGGCGCGGGCGCACGUGGCGCUGUACCUGCACCAGAACUUUGUGGACUGCGUGGAGGCGGCGGCCAGCCAGCGCGCGCUGGGCGCCGCCGCCUCGGGCGUGCUGCGCGAGCUGAUGCAGCUGCACGGCGUGGUGCUGCUGCUGGAGGCCUCCUCCGACCUGCUGGAGGGAGGCUACUGCUCCGGCCGCCAGGCGGGCAUGCUGCGCGAGCAGCAGCGCGCCCUGGUGCGCUCCCUGCGCCCCAACGCCAUCUCACUCGCCGAUUCCUUCGCCUACCCCGACUACCAGCUCAACUCGGCGCUGGGGCGCAAGGACGGCAACGUGUACCAGGCGCUGCUGGACAGCGCGCGCAUCAGCCCGCUGAAUGCCACCCACGAGGGGCCCGCCUGGAAGGAGGUGCUGGAGCCGCUGCUCAGCCCGGCUGUGCGCAGCCGCCUGUGA